UUAAUUUUAAUUUAACAAAAUUAAAUUUUAAUAUGUCAUCAAUAAAUUCUAACAGUGAAAAAUUAGAAGAAAUAAGAGAAAAUGAGGACCAUAAAAAUUUAGAAGAUGGAAUUGAUAUUGAAAAAAAUAACGAGGAAAUUAAAGUCGAGAAUCAAGAAGUUGAAGAGGAUACAAAGACAAAUUUAAAAAUUCGAAAAGUGGCAACAAAAACUAAACGCAACUUCAACCCAUGUCCAGCAGAGUGUAUUAUAUGUGAACGUAUAGCUAGUGGAUAUCUCUUUUAUGGAGUAAUUUGUUGUGAUGAGUGUAGUAUCUGUGAACGUAUAGCAGCUAGAGGAUAUCUCUUUUAUGGAGUAAUUUGUUGUGAUGGCUGUAAACAAUUUUUCAAUCGUUGUAUUACUUCAAAAAACAAAUAUAAAUGUGAAAAAGAUGGGAACUGUAAUUUGUCUCAUAGUAAAAUUUGCACUUAUAUUUGCACCACAUUACUAACAAGGGGAAUGGGAUGUACCAUCUCGAGUAUUUUAGCAGUAUAG